UCUCAUCUUUGAAAACAAACGGGCUCAUUUUGAGGUCCAAGCUCUUCUCCUCAAAACCCUAGCCACCUUGCCAUUCCACCUCACCGUUCAUCGUCGCCGGCCAAGUGCGAGCAGCGCCACAAGCCAAACAUCACUUAUUCACCCACGAUUAAGCGACUCGAGUCUGAGUGUUAACAGAUCUGCCUCUUCCUAUUUCUCGGAAAAACUUUCUCCUACCAUCCUUUUCGUCUUACCCAACACAAAUACAAGUGGAGGCAUAAAAAGCAAACCUUCUACAUAGUCCCAGUGGAAGAAAGGAAUCCUUCUCGAGGAACAAGCAGUUCGUAGCCAGCGUCUUUGUGUGGAGGCUUCAUGACCCAUAAGAACGACGAGACCCCAAAGUUCAAGAUCCCGUGAGCUAUUUCGUCCACCUGGGCUUGAGUAGAGUAGACGACGCUGCCGAAGGAGAUAUACACAAUGUAUCCAUCAAUAUGCAGAAGGGUUUGUCCAAGUUCCUGUACUGGCCCGUGUUCUAUCCAGCCAACUCUAAUAUUGUGGGGUAGGUUGUUUUACUAUGGAAGGGAGUGGGACCCAGCUUGUUGCUGACUUCUCAUUGGGUUUUGUUUCAUUAUUGAUUGCGUAUUGCUUUGAUUUUGAAGUGGGUAAGAGGGUUUUAUACGUCUGGUUGGUUUCUGAUGAACUUGAGGAAACAAAUUAUACGUGCUGCGAAUCCCCCUCAAGAACAAGGAGAAGUUUUACUUGACUCGAAUGGUUCAGGUCGGAUCGGGUUAUUGUUCUCUGGGGGCAUGCCUAUGGGCCAAGUCGGGUCGGGCCAAAACUUUCUUGGGCGGGCCAAUGUGCAGGCCUAAUUAGAACCACGAGCUCUUUCUCCUCGGGCUUUUUUUCGGAUGGGUUGACACAAUUUAUACAAGCCCGUUAUUAGUCGGGCUGGAGGCCCGCUCAAAUAUAACCCGACAAAUUAGGGUCGGCUCGGGUCAUCUUAAUCGGAUCAAUCGGUUGUUCGGGUCGCAUGCACACCCUUACCUAUCCUCGCCCCCAUCGCUCUCUCUCUCUCUCUCUCUCUCUCUCUAAACUCGCAAUUGCCAGUGAGCUUGCGCGGCGGAAAAAAUGAAUAGGGUGAUUGCGAGAAAACUUGCUGCAAAUGUCUCCAGGCUAAAAGUCCGGCAGGAAUAUUUCUGCACUGAUGCAGCUGCAAGAGUAUCUGGUUUUUAUCGUGGCCAAUCCAGCCAAGAGCACAAGGAGAAAAAUGAUUUCGCCAAUAACAUUCAGCAGUAUGACAUUGCAAUAGUUGGAGGAGGCAUGGUUGGCAUGGCUCUAGCUUGUUCUUUGGCUAGCAUGCCAUUGACAAAACACUUGAAUGUUGCCAUCAUUGAUGGCAAUCCUGCAUUGGGGAGUAGAGUCAGCUUAAACAAAGGAGACCCCCCAGAUGCAAGGGUCAGUACAGUAACACCCGCAACUAUAUCUCUUUUCAAAGAUGUUGGCGCUUGGCAAUACAUUGAACAGAAUCGACAUGCAUAUUUUGAUAAGAUGCAGGUUUGGGAUUAUACUGGCUUAGGAUACACAAGAUACAAUGCAAGAGAUAUAAAUAAAGAAGUCCUAGGGUGUGUAGUGGAAAAUAAGGUCCUUCACGAUUCUCUGCUGUCAUGUAUAGAGACUUCAGAUUUCCAGAAGACGUUCCAUCCUUCCAGGUUAACUUCGAUGACUUUACAUCCAAGCUCUUCAUCCAUGGGGAUGGAUAGCACAUUAUUAAAGACACCAUCAUCUUCUCUGGGGCAUUUAGCAAAGCUGGAACUGAGUGAUGGCAAGAGCAUAUUUGCAAAGCUGGUGGUUGGAGCCGAUGGUGGCAAGUCACGUGUCAGGGAGUUAGCAGGAUUCAAGACAACUGGAUGGAACUAUUCACAGGAUGCAGUCAUAUGCACAGUAGAACAUUCUGUUGAAAACCAAUGUGCAUGGCAACGGUUUCUACCUGCAGGUCCAAUUGCACUUUUGCCAAUGGGAAAUAAUUUUAGUAAUAUUGUAUGGACUAUGAACCCAAAAGAGGCAAUGAACCGUAAAUUAAUGAACGAGGAUGACUUUGUGAAAGAUACAAAUGCUGCUCUUGACUAUGGAUAUGGUCCUCAUCCUAAGUCAAGCUUAUUAGAAAUGGGAGACAUGUUUUCUUGGCUCAGAGGAGAUGUGACGUUAUCAGCUACUGAGGGUUUUGAAGUUCCACCAAAAGUAGUUAAGCUGGCUUCAGAAAGAAUGGUAUUUCCAUUGUCUUUGAAGCAUGCCAAUGACUAUGCAUCAAAGCAUGUCGUUCUAAUUGGUGAUGCAGCGCACACAGUUCAUCCUCUGGCUGGUCAAGGAGUCAAUAUGGGUUUUGGAGAUGCAUUGGCUCUUUCAAGAGUCAUUGCUGAGGGUAUAGCUGUAGGCAUUGACAUAGGAGAGGUAACGAUGUUAAAGAAAUACGAAGAAGAGAGAAAAAGGGAGAAUAUUAUGAUGAUGGCAAUCCUGGAUGGCUUUCAGAAGGCAUAUUCUGUUGAUUUUGGACCCCUAAAUCUCCUGCGAGCUGCAGUAUUGCAUGGAGCAAACUAUAUUUCUCCACUUAAAAGAAAUAUUAUUUCGUAUGCAUCAGGGGACCAGAGACUGCCACUUUUCUCUUGACCUAAACACUGUAAAUGCCCUGUCUAGAGGUUGUUAAAGGAAACUAUAGUUUCGCUCUUCAUGUUGUAACGGCAAUCUUUUUUGUUCUUCAACCUUGUAUAGAAGCAGACGAAUUUACCUGUAUCAACUGAGAGAUCACAGAGCCAAUUUCCAUGGCUAAUCUUCUCAGGCGA